GCAGCAGCAGCGGCAGCAACAGCGGCUCCUUCCCGCAGACAGCCUCCAUCUUGGCGGCGACCUCGAGGCGGAGCAAGUGCACUCGGCGCAGGAGCGGGACUCGGACAGGGACUCGGACAGGGACUCGGUGUCCCCCCCUCCCCCCUGCCCCAUCCCCCCUCUCGGUGGUCUGGGCGACGUUCUGCGGGAUGGCGGCUCUGCGGCAGGACGCGGGCCGCGCCGCGCGACGUGCGUGAGGAUUUCAGUGCGGGAAGAAGCCCUGCGAGGACGGAGCGACUUCCGGUGGUCAGGUGGAGGCUGAGGAUGCGGUGCUGAGCGAGUCCUGACGGUCACCAUGGCGACAGUGGGCGGCGGCCAGGCGUGCGGCGCCCAGGACAACUGUUCGUCCGACAGCGACUCCAAGGCCUACUGCUACUCGGCCAGGAUCCGCAGCACCGUGCUGCAGGGUCUGCCUUUUGGGGGCGUGCCUACGGUCCUGGCCUUGGACUUCAUGUGCUUCCUGGUCUUGCUCUUCGUCUUUUCCAUCCUGCGAAAGGUGGCCUGGGACUACGGCCGUCUGGCGCUGGUCACCGACGCCGACAGCCGAAGACGGGACCGAGAUAACUAUGAGCCUGUCAGAAGCGUGGCGUCAGCGAUGCAUUCCGACACUCCUGAUCGCUACGAACGUCUCACCUCCGUCUCCAGCUCUGUGGACCUGGAACAACGUGACAAUGGCUUCUGCUCCUGGCUGACGGCCAUCUUCAGAAUCAAGGACGAGGAGAUCCGAGAGAAGUGCGGAGAAGACGCGGUGCAUUAUCUCUCCUUCCAGCGACACAUCAUCGGCCUUCUGGUGGUGGUGGGCGUGCUCUCUGUGGGCAUCGUGCUGCCCGUCAACUUCUCAGGAGACCUGCUCGUACGAAUUAUCAGUAAAGAUCAUUUACUGAUAAACCAAGGAACACCAGGACCGCCGUCCAAAGAAGAAAACAACGCCUACAGCUUUGGUCGCACCACCAUAGCCAACCUCAAGUCUGGGACCAACCUGCUAUGGCUGCACACGUCCUUCGCCUUCAUGUACCUGCUGCUCACGGUGUACAGCAUGAGGAGACACACGUCCAAGAUGCACUACAAGGAAGACGACCUGGUGAAGCGCACCUUGUUCAUCAACGGCAUCUCCAAGUAUGCUGAGGAGUGUCAGAUCAAAGAACACUUUGAGCAGGCGUACGAGAACUGCACGGUUCUGGAAGCCCGCAUCUGCUACAACGUGGCCAAGCUCAUGGCUCUCAACGCAGAAAGGAAGAAGACGGAGCGCAGCAAGAAGUUCUUCACCGACCUGAUGGCCAAGGAGCACGUCCCCACCAUGAUCAACCCCAAACCCUGCGGACACCUCUGCUGCUGCGCCAUCGCCGGCUGCGAGGAGGAGGAGGCGGUCAGCUACUACACCAACAGGGAGGCCAAGCUGAAGGAGGAGUACAGGAAGGAGAAGGAGAAGGUGCACACCAAACCACUGGGCAUGGCCUUCGUCACCUUCCAGAACGAGGCCAUGACUGCCAUAAUCCUGAAGGACUUCAACGCCUGCCAGGUCCAAGGCUGUCGCUGUCGUCAGGAACCUCGCUUGUCGCAGUUCAGCGAAGUUCUCCACGUGCACCACUGGAGCGUCUCGUACGCGCCCGACCCUCAAAACGUGCGCUGGGAGCACCUGUCCCUGGGCGGAGUCUCCUGGUGGAUCCGCUGCUUGAUCAUCAACUGCAUCCUCUUCCUACUGCUCUUCUUCCUCACCACGCCCGCCAUCAUCAUCUCCACCAUGGACAAGUUCAACGUCACCAAACCUGUGGAGUACCUCAACAACCCCAUCGUCACCCAGUUCUUCCCGACUCUCCUCCUCUGGGCCUUCUCCGCCCUGCUGCCCACCAUCGUCUACUACUCCGCUUUCUUCGAGGCCCACUGGACCAGGUCUGGAGAAAACCGGACUACGAUGCACAAGUGCUACACCUUUCUGAUCUUCAUGGUCCUUCUCCUGCCCUCUCUUGGACUCAGCAGUCUGGACGUUUUCUUCCGAUGGCUCUUUGAUAAAAAGUUUCUGGCUGACGGCACUCUCCGCUUUGAGUGCGUCUUCCUGCCGGACAACGGAGCCUUCUUCGUCAACUACGUAAUCGCCUCGGCCUUCAUCGGGAAUGCCAUGGACCUCCUGCGCAUCCCGGGCCUGCUCAUGUACAUGAUCCGACUCUGCUUGGCGCGCUCGGCCGCCGACCGCCGCAAUGUCAAGAGGCAUCAAGCGUACGAGUUCCAGUUUGGAGCGGCGUACGCCUGGAUCAUGAACGUCUUCACCGUGGUGAUGGCCUACAGCAUCACCUGUCCCAUCAUCGUACCCUUUGGUCUGAUGUACAUGCUUCUCAAGCACCUGGUGGAUAGGUACAACAUGUACUACGCUUACCUGCCGUCCAAACUGGACAAGAAGAUCCACUCAGGUGCUGUGACCCAGGUGGUGGCCGCACCCAUCCUUUGCCUUUUCUGGCUGCUUUUUUUCUCCACCAUGCGCACAGGUUUCGAGACACCGACGUCCAUGUUCACACUGGUAGUCCUGGUGGUGACCAUCGUGGUGUGUUUGUCCCACGUGUGUUUCGGACACUUCAAGUACCUGAGUGCUCACAACUACAAGAUCGACACCAAGGACUCUGACGCCGAAGCAGUGGAGAACGGUCGCUUGCCCCGCACGUCGGCCUCGCCCCCCUCCAAAUCUCAGCAGCAGAUGUACAUCGCUCAGGUGCUUCAGGACCCCAACUCGGACGAGCCCGGCGGGGCCGGCGAGGAGGACCGGGCGUCGUCCCAGGAUGAAGAGUUGCUCAACGGGGGAAACAACAUCAACGAGGCGGAUUUCCAGUCAGGGGAGGACAGUCUGAUCGCCAACGAGGUCCGCCAGUAGCGAGGGGUGGAGCUCGAGGGAAGGGGCGGAGACAGUUGGCAGUCCUUGUGCUCAAAACCACGCGAUGCUAGCUCCUCCCCUUCCUAGCCGGACGACUUGACCCUGAUCUCGGACGUCGGAACAGAAAGUCUUAAGUGGCGGCCGAGUGGGGAAGUUCACGCUCCCCGGACCGCCCGCCGCCAACGCCGCUCCUCGCCGACCGCCAUUUGUCGUCGUGAUAGAAGCUUCGCUGGAGUCUCCUCUUUUCUUUAAUGGGUUGAAGCUGGAGGAGUUUCUCUGCAUGUCAGUUGGACUCCACGCGGCCUCCCUGGAAGACCCUCUCUACCUUGUUCCUGGUGCUUCUCCACAUGCACCCUCCUUCCUGGUGCUUCUCCACAUGCACCCUCCUUCCUGGUGCUGGCUUAGCUUAGUUUAGCCACGCCACCUAGCCAGCUGCUAAGCUAGGCUAACAGCACAUCAGCUCAACAGGCUAACGUUUGGGACAAAAGGACUCAAAGUGUUUUUGCUUUCAGUCCAAGUGAGCUGACAAAAGUACAUCUCUUUGGUUGCCAUGGCAAUGCAGAGUCAACACACCAAUUGUACCAGAGCGUUUAUAAUGACUUCAAUAUUAGUCUCAGGUGUGCUUUCUUUUCCCUCAAAAAUAAUGUUUACAUCCCUUUUGUUGCUUUUUUUUUUCCCCUUUGUGCGUCUGUUGGUGUGUGUGAGUGUGUGUGUGUGUGUGUGUGUGUGCGCGCGCAGAGUUGAACUGUGAAAGCUGUAGACGCCAACACCACCUGGCGGGGUGCCUUGUUGGGCUCUACAUGCCGGAGAAGCCGCUGCGUGUCGGGCAUCUGCCAACUUCCUGCUGUGACGGUCGACGUCGUUCACGAUGUCGCCGUGGCAACACCUUUUGUGUUUCCUGCUCCACAAUAAAAGCGUCUGUGUUUUUGUGUUUUAUUGUGUAGGAGGAGGAAGUCGCGGGCGUGAAAGGGAAGGUUUUGGUUAGCCUGUGAAGCUCAUCGCUUCCUCGCUUUGCUUUCUAUCCCGGCCAUUGAAAACUUCAAGCUUCAAAAUGUCAAAAGAAGCAAACACGUGUAUAUAAAGAGUAGAUGUCAAAGUGCACUAAACGCCCACAAUAACUUUUUAUUUAUUGCUGUAACUAUUUAUUUUCACUUGUACGCUUAUUUCUGUCAACUGAUCAAUAAAAAUGUCUAAUCA